AUGAUCACUCUACUCAACAAGCCAUUUGAGGCUCUCUCGGGCACAGUCGGAUCUUCCCCCGAUGAGCUCAAAAUCAUUUUCUCAUUUUUGAUCUCAUACCCGCUCGCCGGCCUUUUGAAGCGCAUCCCUGACGCGAAGCCGGCCUACAAAAACCUCUUCAUCAUUAGCACAUCAUUGUUCUACCUCGUCGGACUUUUUGACCUAUGGAUCGGCCUCCGCACCAUUGCCAUCAGCUCUAUCGGUACCUACUGCAUCACAAAGUAUCUACAAAAAAGCCCAUACAUGCCAUGGCUCGGGUUUCUCUUUCUGAUGGCGCACAUGUCCAUCAGCCAUAUCCAGCGUCAAAUUCAGAAUGAUCCAUCCGUUGUUGAUAUCACUGGCGCGCAGAUGGUACUCCUCAUGAAACUGAGCGCCUUUUGCUGGAACAUUGCCGACGGCCAAAUCCCAGAGGACCAGCUCUCCAACUUUCAAAAAGAACGCUCUCUGAAACAGCUCCCCAGCCUCUUGGACUACACUGCCUACGUUAUGUUCUUCCCCUCCCUUCUCGCCGGCCCUGCCUUUGACUACGUCGAUUAUCAGCGAUGGAUCGACACGACCAUGUUCGAUGUCCCGGCGGGCGUCGACCCGUCCAAGAAGCCCCCUUCGCGAAAGAAGCGAAGAAUUCCUCGUAGUGGAACCCCGGCUCUGCUAAAGGUCCUCACCGGCCUCGGCUGGAUUGGUCUGUUCGUCACUUUGGCCGGCUCUUUCAACCACGAAGUCUUGACCUCGGAUUCCUAUACCCAGAAAAGCUUCUUCAACCGUGUCUUCAUCAUGUACGCAACUGGUAUUGUCGCUCGCUUCAAGUACUACGGAGUCUGGACUUUGACCGAGGGAUCUUGCAUUCUCGCUGGUCUCGGCUACAACGGCAUUGACCCUGUUACCGGCAAGGUGUCGUGGAAUCGGCUACAGAAUAUCGACCCUAUCGCCGUGGAAACGGCACAAAACCCGCGAGCGUAUCUUGGUGGAUGGAACAUGAAUACGAACCACUGGCUGCGCAAUUACGUCUAUCUUCGAGUCACACCGCGGGGCAAAAAGCCUGGCUUCCGAGCCAGCAUGAUUACUUUUGCUACCAGCGCACUGUGGCACGGCUUCUAUCCCGGUUACUACCUCAGUUUCAUCCUCGCUAGUUUAAUUCAGACUUCAGCAAAGAACUUCCGACGCCAUGUUCGGCCGUUCUUCUUGGAUGCAAACACGGGAGCGCCGACCAAGAACAAGAAGUAUUACGACUUUGCCAGCUUCCUCGUCACGCAGGUGACCUUUUCAUUUGCUACCAUGCCAUUCUUGGUCCUCAGCUUCCAAGGUUCUCUGCUGGCAUGGUCUCGCGUCUACUUCUAUGCUCUCGUCUGGACUGUUGCCUCGCUUGCUUUCUUCGCUUCCCCCGGAAAGGCUCUGCUGAAGAAGCAGCUCGAAAAACGACAAGGAAAGGCACAUGCCAAACUUGUUAGGUCACUCAGUACCGACAGUCUCACAGGCAGUCACCCAAUACUUGGCAUUUCCAAGGAUCCCCAGAGAGAUAUCACUGAAGCGAUGGAAGAGAUCCGCACCGAGGUAGAGGCGCUUCAGAAGAAGUCCUCAUAA